AUGGAUUUAGAUUUGGUUCUCUCCCAUGAUGCUGGGAAUCAAGCAUUCCCAAAUCAACUUGACGGCCAGAACAAAAAUAUUAAAGACAGCUUGGAAUCUCCAAAGAAAACAUUUCUUUCUUGCAUUGGUGUCCAUGAACUCCUUUCACCAGAGACGUGGAAAGCAGCAAUUACAGAGCUAGUAUCAACAGCUUGUCUGUUGUUCACACUAAUCACAAUGGUAACAGCAUGCUUGGAAUCACAUGUAGCAGAGCCGAAACUCCUAGUUCCAGUGGUAGUCUUCUCUACAAUCUUCCUCUUGCUUGUGGUGACAAUUCCUGUAUCUGGGGGUCACAUGAACCCAACUCUCACAUUUAUCUUUGCCUUGAAGGGUGUAAUAACUUUUGUUCGAGCUUUGGUCUACAUCUUGGCUCAAUGUUUAGGGUCAACAAUGGCAUAUCUUAUAGUGAAGAGAGUGAUGAACCCUAAAAUAGCAGAAAAGUAUUCCUUAGGUGGCUGCGGUAUAGGUGGAAAUGGAGAAGGAAUAAGUGCAGGAACUGCACUGGCAAUAGAAUUUGUUGGCUACGGUGGUGCGCGGCUGAACCCAGCAAGGUGCAUCGGCCCAGCAGUAUUGGUUGGUGGAUCAUUGUGGGAGAGCCUUUGGGUUUUCUGGGAAACUGAUUGUUUUGGGUUGAUACUAAUCCACAAUCCAACUUGUAUCAAAAAUUUGGUUUGCACUGUCUAG